UGUUAUUGGCUGCUAGCUUGCUGUCAGUGCAAAUUGUCGAUUUAUGUAUUUUUCAAUUUUGGGAUUUUUUUAAAGAAAAGACGAACAUUAACUUAUUUCUAAUUAUGGCGCUGGCAGUAAAAUAUUAAAGCAGAAUGCCUAUGAGCAAAAACAAAUUCAACUUGCGUCUUCCGACGCAUGCCGGCGAUGAGGGAGCCGACGGUGCAGAGAAGCAGAAUGAAGUUUUACUGGAAUCCCUGACCCAGAAAUUGAAGGAGCUGGACAUAGAUGACCAGCAACGUGAGAGACUCGAGGCUUUUCUCACCCAGAAACAGAAGGUCGGGGAGCUGGUUGCCGAGGAGUUUGACAAGAUCGGGGAACUUGGGGCAGGCAAUGGGGGUGUGGUCAUGAAGGUUCUCCAUAGACCUACCAGUCUUGUCAUGGCCAGAAAGCUUAUACAUCUAGAAAUCAAACCUGCAAUCAGGAAUCAAAUUAUCAGAGAACUGAAGGUUUUACAUGAAUGCAACUCACCAUACAUUGUUGGUUUCUACGGGGCUUUCUACAGCGAUGGUGAAAUCAGCAUCUGCAUGGAGUACAUGGAUGGUGGUUCACUGGACUUAAUCUUGAAGAAAGCGGGAAGAAUUCCUGAACCAAUAUUAGGCAAAGUAACAGCAUCAGUUCUCAAGGGUUUGAUAUACCUUCGAGAAAAACAUUCUAUUAUGCACAGAGAUGUAAAGCCAUCCAAUAUCUUGAUUAACUCCCGUGGGGAAAUAAAGAUCUGUGACUUCGGUGUAAGUGGCCAGUUGAUAGACUCCCUUGCCAAUUCCUUUGUGGGGACAAGGUCUUAUAUGUCUCCUGAGAGACUUCAAGGUACCAACUACUCUGUGCAGUCUGACAUCUGGAGUGUGGGGUUGUCCCUGGUGGAGAUGGCCAUUGGUCGAUACCCAAUACCUCCACCUGACCCAAAGGACCUUGACAUCAUGUUUGCAGAGGAUGUUAUGGAGGAACAUAAGGAGGCAGCUAGAACAGGCAAACCACUGAAGAGUGCAGGACCAACUCGGGUUGUAAGCUUCCCCAAUCCGCAUGGCUCAGAUGGGCCUAGGCCCAUGGCCAUUUUUGAGCUUUUAGAUUUCAUUGUAAAUGAGCCUCCUCCAUCACUGCCAAAAGGAAAGUUCUCGGACGAGUUUGUGGACUUCGUAGAUCGAUGUUUGAAAAAGAACUCUUCAGAGAGAGCAGAUCUUCACUCAUUAGCUAGUCACCCGUUCGUAAAGUGUGCAGAAUCAGAGGAGAUUGAUAUCGGGCACUGGCUGUGUCAGGUGAUGGAUUUAAAGCCGGAAAACAAGGGCUGAAACAUCCACAUUCCACACACAAGAAGCACACAGACCAUGACUGGAGAUAAUCUGCUGGUAGCCGGACCAGUCUGGAAAACCACUGGCAAAGUGAUGAAUAACUUUAUUAAUGUAUUAUGGUCAUUGUGAUAAGCAAGUGUAAUUCUUUAAGAACUAUUUAUUCAUUAUAUUGCUGUUGUACAACUCUGAGAACAAGGUUUUUCAUGGAAUAAGAGGGGCGUUGGAAUAGUUUUGUGCGUCUAUUCAAUUACCUCUUGAUUGAAUCAGUGUAUGGACAAAAGUUCUAUUUUGCUGGUCUCUUUAUUAUGUGUAAACUUACAAUAAAACCAACUAUUUAAAGAUCAAAACAAAGAAAACAUACAUUUUUACAUGAUUUAAAAUGAAGUGAAACCUUCUUGUUUGUCAUGCUAUGUUAUAUAGUAUUCAUUUUUUUGUAGGAGUUCCUCUCAUUUUCUGUACCUGUUUUAAGAGAUUAGUAAAACUUCAUCAACAGUACAAAGCUGACAUAAGAGUUCCAGUAUCUAUGAUACCUUUGAAGAUGUGAAAGUUAAACUGGUGUGUUUGGUAAUUAUCUUAGGUUAAUUAUGUAUCCAACAAGUUUAUAUGAAUUCAUUUAUACACCAGAGCGAUGAUGCUAUGCGUACAACAAGAUUUAUCAAUGUCGAAUUUCUGAUGGAUGAGAAUGUUACAUGCUAGGUAGGUUGUUUUUCUUGAGCAAAUUGUUUCUAAUCAGCUCAUAUGUUCAUAUUCCUCUAAGGAUCAUGUGCUUCAAUCCUCAUUCAUAUUGGCAGGAUUUACUAACUGUUACUCACUGUUCAAAUAAAGAAAUAUCAGGUACAAUUUAAGAAUUACAUAUUCUGCAUAGAUUGUGUUUAUUGACUUCAUUUAUAUAAUCUUCUUUGCAGAGGUCAUUUUUUACACAUUAUAUGAAUAUUUAUUAAAAUUAUUAGUACAAUGUAGUUCUCAUUUAUUAUUAAGAUUAUUAAGAUUAUGUUCCCAUCAAUAUGUUUCUUGCAACAUAUUUUGAAGUUAGUAAUGUUUCUUGCAACAGUAUUUCUGUGUUAAUUUCAGUGUUUGUCAAAUUAACGACUAGUGACUAGUGGUUAUCUAUUAUUCACUGGUUUAGAUUUUGAUCAGUCAACGCUUUUUGUCUAACUAUGACAAUUUUGUUUUAUUUACGAAAUUUAUCAUUGCCAUUACCAAAAACUUGGAAGAUUUAAAUAUUAAAAGGAGAAACAUUUUGAAUAAUUAUUUUUAUCAACAAAAAAACAAGAAAGAAUAAUAUAUUAUAAUAACUUUUGUGAACUCUUAUCUGCAACUGAUGUACUUUUCACCAACCUUUAGGGUUGCAAGAGAUCUCAGUUCUUUGAGGACUCCUUUUUUGUAAAAGAAAAAAGAUCGACAAGCACCCUUCCAUUGUACAUGUAUGAUAUAGAACACACGUGUUGUUCUUCAAUACAGCGUUUUGAGUGCUAUACUUAUAUAAGACACAUUAUAUAAAGUAGAGUUUUUGUAUUGUAUUUAUUAAUAAAUUUAAACUUGGCAGGGCCUGGUGCAGCCAGGCCACUUGAACUUUAUAUAAGACACAUUAUAUAAAGUAGAGUUUUUGUAUUGCAUUCAUUAAUAAAUUUAAACUUGGCAGGGCCUGGUGCAGCCAGGCCACUUGAACUUUAAUUGAUGCUUAUUAACUAACAUUAAUCUGUGUAGUGUUCAAAUCUACAGUGUUUACCUGUUUAAAACAAUGUAUGCCGAUGUACAGUAAUAAAAGUACAGUGAAUUGGAAAAGUACUACCAUCCAAUUGGACAAAAUAUUAUUCCAUUUUAAAAAACAUGGUAUAUCAUUUUUCAAAGACUUGUUUUGUUUUGUGCUACAAGUGACUCACAAGACUGUGUGCAUAGCUUGACCAUGCAAAAUAUAAGGGGAUAAUACAUGAUUGGUCAUUCAGUAUCAUAAAAGCAAGCCUUGGUGUGUUUAUUAAAUUUUGUAUUGAAUCACUUGCGUGAUAUUCGAUUGAUAUGGUAUAUACUAAUUUGAUAAUUUAUAGCCCUAAAUACAUAAAAUGCUGCUAAAUAUUCAUAAUAUAUAUAUA